AUGUACAAAGAACGCUGUGAGACAAGCGAUGAACAAUACCGACGGUUGUUAGUGCAGUUCGAGCGUGAGACAACCCUUCAGAAUGAAAGGGCUCGGGAGUAUGAGCAGUUAGCGUCGAGAGUGCGAGAACUGUCCGCUUCACUGACGCCUGAAUUGAGACGCUCUUCAACGUCUUGCAGACAAUCGCAUAUUCCUGUUCCUCUUGCCGACUCUAAUUCGGAUUCGAAGACCGUAACCAUCGGAUCGUUGCCUUCACCUGAUAUAUCACUGAGAGAGACGAACGAACGAAAAGGAGAAGCGGAGAAGGGGAAUGGAACUGAAGAUAAUAAUUUUGAUGAUAACGGAUAA